AUGACAUCAAGCAACAGCACGGGCAACAAGGACUUCCGUGAUCAAUUGGGCAAGUUUCGUCUUGAGUCAAUGACUACGCCCUCCUCGUUACCAUGGUCAUAUCCGUCUGCCCCGGUUCCGCCGCAGUCACAACAGCUCCCGCUGCAGUCGCAACCCCCGGACUCUGCGACACCCGACCCCACCUCCACACCGGCGUCUCGCAGUAAGCGCGUGUCGACCGCGUGCGACUUCUGUCGCAAGCGUAAGAAGAAAUGUGACUUCCGGUACCCCAAUUGCUCGGCCUGUACUCGAGCUGGUGUUCGCUGUACCAUUCCCCCGCCCGGCCCGCAAAUCGCGAAUGCUUCGGUACCCCGAGAUGAGUUGGAGACCCUUCAAAAGCGGGUACGAUGGCUAGAAGAAGUGGUGCGUCGGAAAUCUGGAAUUUCGGUGGUUGAUUUGGCCACUGGUACCCCAGUGGACGGAGAAGGAGACCCGGAUUGGUGGUACCAGGUGCCGGCGAUGAUUGCGACCGGUCGUCCUUGGCCCGGGGGCUCGGAGUCUUCGGCCGGCGUGGGUUCUGAGCUUCCGAACGUCGGCGAGAUCUUUCGAGAUCAACUGGAGCAUCGUCGACCAUCGGUGGCACGUCCCGCGUCGGCCCCGCGGAUUUUGCGUCUGUCGUCGCUGGAAGAGGCUGAGCAGCUGGCAGGGCAGUAUUUUGAUAGUAUGGGUUACCAAUAUCCGUUUAUGUCCCGUCCGGAUUUCAUGGCUCAACUGCGGCAUAUUUACACCGGUGGUGUUCCAACCCCUGAAGUCCAUAACACUUACCAUAUCAUCAUUGCGAUCUCCCUAUUGAUCGGGUCUGUCGAUGCGGCGCAAGCGGCGGAAUUCUACCUCGCAAGCCAACAGACGUUACCCCUGGCCCUCCAGAAUGAGGAUUUACCAGCUGUUCGUGCUCUACUCGGCCUGGCUCUCUACACCAUGUUCGCAACCGCAGGGCCCAGCAUAUGGCAUGUUUUGGGGGCAACCAUGCGAUUGGCAAUUAGCAUGGGCCUCCACAAGGCCCGCUCAUACCCCACGCUCGUGGAGGAGGAAAUGUCCAAACGGGCUUUCUGGAGCCUGUACAAUCUGGAUCGUCUUAUUGCGAGCACGCUCGGCCGGCCACUAGGAAUUCCGGAUGACGAUAUCAGCGUCGGUCUCCCACGAGAGCUUAAUGACGAUGGAUCUGAAGCGCCUGGAGCAAGUGCUAUGACGAUUCCACUACAGGUGAUAUCCCUACGACGGAUCUUUUCGCGAAUCUACCGAUACUUAUACAGCAGCCUUCCCUGUCCACCAAAACAAGAGCUCGCGGCCUCGCUUGGACAAUUUCGGCGAGAGGUAGAUGAGUGGCGCAUGGCCGCCCCCGUCUAUCCUUCGGCGCUCCUAUAUUCAACGUCCUAUUACGAUUAUCUGUAUUAUACGACUAUCCUUCUCAUGUACCGCCCUAGCCCUCGGAAUCCGACCCCAGACGCGACUAGUGUUAUCAGCUGCGGGGAUUCCAGUAUCCAGGUGAUCCGAUCCUACUGGGAUAGUUAUUCCGUGGGCAAACUCAAAUGGAUCUGGUUGACUUUGAGUCAAGUCUACUUCGCUGGGAUCACUAUUUUAUGGUGCUUGGAACAAAAUGCCUGCGCUUUGCGUAGUGGGCUCCCUGCAUCGUGGCACCCAGAUGAAUCGAUGUUGCGCCGCGCUAUUCAAGCAGUGGUUGUACUGCUGGAGGAGUUUGGAAAACGACGUCCGGGAGUGGACCGACUAGCAGAAACAUUCCGUCAUCAGAGCACUAUGAUCUUCAGCCAAAUGGUUUAUCAACAGCAGCAAAUGAACCAGCAACCACAGCCCCAGCACACUCAACAACCGUUACAGCAACCGCUUCCCCUCGUGCCAUCUCAAGCCUCAGUUACUUUGGCUCCCCCACACCCACCUCCUGUGCCUCUGGCACCUGUUCUUGAUGAUGUGCUGCUGGUUGAUGGCAGCGGCACAAUGCCCAUGAUCGAUCCUCAAAUGGCGGAGCAACUCUACUAUUCCUAUAAUUGGUUCCAGGAAGAAAUGGCGAGUUACUAUACCCUUUGA